GCUUCUACCGUUGGCUCGUCGUCGGCAGUCUUCGUCCAACGUGCAUGAGGUGAAAACGUCAAGAGUCGGAUAGAUUACACCAUACAUAUAUAUACAUAUAUAUAUGUAUGUAUACGUACGUAUGUAUAUAACGAGUUUGAAGGAAAAGUGAGAAGAACAGGAAUCGGACACUGGUUGCACGGUACGUGAUCCGGUCUCCGUGGAUGUGGUUUUAUUUGUCGUUGCGCUUUUGGAAUGACGCAGAGUGAAAAAUCGGCUACUGUCUCGUGUGAUUCGAUGAAUGGGACGAUAUAACGAUUCGGUUUGCCCCGAACAGUGUACCGGCAGCAGUGUUUUAUGAACGGAAAAUAUAGGACCUAUACGCGUAUAUAAUACCGGACCGACGCAGUCACGUGUACCGGAAAGUGUGCGAGUGUCGAUGCGGACUGUUUGAAUCGGGCCCGGAGACCCUGCACGCCUUCAGUUGUUAAAAGUGCGCCGGAGGGACGAAGCACGAGGUUGAGGAGAUGGUGAACAUGGAAGGAUCCGGGGAGCACACGGUGACCGUGUCGCUGCCGCCCCCCAGGGCCACCCUCAAGUCCAACUUCAGUAUACGCAGCAUCCUCCCGGAGGCCUGUGCCGUGACCCCGGCGCCGCAGAGCCUGACGCCGACGAGCCAGUCCCCGAGCCCGGUGCAGGAUGCUACCGCGGAGGACACGGACGAGGGUAGCGACCUGGACGUGACAGGGUACGACGACGGCGCCGACACGCCGCCGUUGGACUGUUCGAGAGGCAACGCGGGGGGUAGUCCGGGGAACGAUCCUGGGGCGAGGAAGGAGCAGGAGGCGCGAGAGGCGGAGGAGAAGAAGAAGUCGGAGAAGCCGCCGUACAGCUACAACGCUCUCAUCAUGAUGGCGAUACGGCAGAGUCCGGAGAAGCGGCUUACCCUGAACGGUAUAUACGAGUACAUCAUGCGGCACUUCCCCUACUACCGCGACAACAAGCAGGGCUGGCAGAACUCGAUAAGGCACAACCUUUCCCUGAACAAGUGCUUCGUCAAGGUGCCGCGGCACUACGACGACCCCGGCAAAGGUAACUACUGGAUGCUGGACCCGAGCAGCGAAGACGUAUUCAUAGGCGGGACGACCGGGAAACUCAGGCGACGAACGACCGCCGCGUCUCGUUCCAGACUCGCGGCCUUCAAGCGAAGCGUCGUCCUCGGGGGCCUUAACGGCCUCACCGGACUCAACGGCCUCUACCCUGCCCUCAACCACUCGCCCUACGUCGCCCCCGCCUGGCCUCCGUCGCUCUACGCGCUGCCCUACCUCCACCGGGCCGGGCCCUACUCCGUGCCAUCUGGAUACCCUGCGAGCCUUUUGCCGGGGGCGGCCGCCUCCGCGAAUCUACCGUGCAAGCCGCAGCCUCUUCCAGCGGCCGCCGCGCCCCCGGCUCACGGCGCCUUCUCCAUGGAACGACUGCUCCAGGCCCCGACGUCGGCUUACCACCCCGCGAGCAUGCCGCCGGCUAGCGUCGCGACGUCCGCCGCCGCCGCGGUCGCCGCCGCCGGAGCUUACAACGACUUUUACUCGACGCUGAGGAGCCUCGCUGCUCAUCAACAGCACCAGCAGCAACAGGCCGUUCUCCAGCAGCAGCAGCAGCAGCAGCAGCAGCAGCAGCAACAGCAACAGCAGCAUCAGCAGCAUCAGCAACAGCAACGCCGGUACCAGCAGCAGCAGCGGCAUCAUCUCCCUCAGCAAACGUCGACCCCUCUCAGCCAGACGCCUUCCACCACCGGCUCCCCCGACAGCAGCCCGGAACCUCAUCCCCCGCACUCGCCCCCCUUGUUGCACCAACGCUAGCAGGCCCUGCGUCCUGGCAUGCCAUUCUUCCGAUUCUUUGAAGCUACCGAGUGAGCCGAUAACAGCUCUGACGGCGGGGCAGUGCUGAAAUCGGUAAUUUGGCUUCAUGAUUUUUUCGUUGGUGUUACGUACUGUAAAGGGGGGCGAGUUGCAAUGCUUUGCGAUAUAACGACCGGUGAUGUCGGUUGAAAGGGUCAGAAGGGGGCCGAAACCGUUUGCGGUAUUAGCUGAAAUCGCGAUAACGGAUGCGCUGACUUCAAUAGAUUAUAAAUUCACGCGUAAUUUGUGUAAAUAUAUUAUUUAGAACGUUGCACGUAUAAAAAUGUUAUAUUACCUCGUUGUAUGUUUAAAAGUAAAAUACUCGGUGAUCUCCGGUUUAAAUGUUAUUGUACAUGUAAAUAUGGACAGAGAGAGAUUUUGUAGAUAGUCAAAAAUCAACUUAAUCUAUUAUUACUAUUGUAUCGACAAUAUUGUAUACAUAUAUGCCUGCGUAUACGAUGUGCAUACACGUAUCGUAUACGCAAGACGAAUGCAAUGGGUAUACAUAUAUGUCUGUACAGAUUCUUAUAGACAUGAAUAAUUAUACCCCAUAUACAGCUUAGAUUGGACCGCAGUACAUACCUACUGUAAAAUUGAAUAAAUAUAAUUUAUACGUAGAACAAAGAAAUGUUAUAAUACACGUUUAUUAUAUACAUGGCACACAUUAUAUAUAUGUAUAAUUGUAUACUGACGUACAAUGUCGCUUGAAUCGCUAGGCUAUAGGCGCCUCAAUCUUCGUUAUGCACGGUGCAGCUCUUUAUACUGGCGUACUUAUUAAACACACCAUAGCAAUUCUAACGCUGCGCGUUAUACACGCGAUGAUAUGAUUCUCGGUAUACGAUUGGUCGUAGUAACACAGAGUCGAAUCUCUAAUUACUAUACAUUCGUAGUAUACCUGUAUACCUGUAUACAUGUAUCGCUGAUAUAUAUAUAUAUAUAUACACCUUGUUUGUACAAAACAGAUUAAUAAUUUCGUUAUAAAUAUGUACAUAUAUGCAGUGAUAUUAUAUAUUGAAGAAUAUAAGGACACAAUGAGGAUGCAGGAGUGAAGUACAGAGAAACUAUGAUUACGAAAUAAACUUCGAAAUCUUUUAAUAUAA